AAUAAAGUGUGUUGUUAAAGGAACGAAGGACUAUGAAUAAUAGAAAGAAUAAUAAAAAUAAUAAUAAAUGAUAAAAAGGAGAAAAAAUAUUUAAUAAAACACGUUUUCAAGUGGAAUAUGAGUACUGAUGAUAUUUUAGUGAAGAAGAAUCAGGAGAGUGGAUGUUCGAGGAAGGAAGCGGUCUCAUCAUUAUUAAGUUAGCGCCAACAUAAUGUCCACAGCCAAAAGGCUGGUUCUAUCGUUACGAGGUCGCAAUGAAUCCCAAAACGGGAAUGGCGAGUCAUCUACGCGACUUUAUUCGAGUUCAUCGCCGGGACACGAACUAGACGAGAUUGCUGUUGUUUCGUGCGGAGCGACAGACUCGGCACGUGUCUCCUACGGAAGUUUGUCAUUGGGCGCAGUUGUACAACCAGCUAAUGGACCACGCUAUGUGCCUGAUGACGACUUCGGAAUGAAUCCAAACAGUAACAGUAACACUUACCAUCAUCAUCAUCAUCUGCAUCAGUCAGAUGCUGCCGACAAUUUAUGUCACUUGGAGCCGCGCUUAUUGCUCGGAUCCGACUUCCAUCUGGCGCCAUCGCCCACGCUGAUGCGCCGUGAUGCCGCAGCGAAUCAACAACAAAACCAAUAUCUCUAUUUGGGCAGUACGGGAGGUCGUAACUUGAAGCCUCCGAUGCGAAACUCUAUGAGUCGUCAAAGUCUCAUGGGUAAGCUCUCAUGA